AGUGGGAAGUGGCGGACUCGGAGUGCGGGGACACAGGGCGGAGCAGGAGGUGGCGGACUGGGAGGACCCUGAAACCGGCGGCUCCUUGGGCACUAGGCCGCACAGCCUCGGGCUUGGCAUAUCUGCUCAUUCUUUGAGUGAUUGUGUCACCAGCCAUGCCGACUGUGGUGUUACUGGAUGUUUCUCUCUCCAUGACAAGGCCUGUCUCUCUGGAGGGCACAGAGGAAUACCAGCGUAAGCACUUGGCAGCCCAUGGGCUAAGCAUGCUAUUUGAACACAUGGCAACCAAUUACAAACUGGAGUUCACCUGUCUUGUAGCUUUCUCUUCACUCUGGGAGCUCAUGGUUCCUUUCACCAGAGACUACAAUACUCUACAGGAGGCACUGAGUUCUGCAGAUGACUAUGACAAGACUUGCCUGGAGUCUGCACUCAAUGGCAUUAGUAACAUUGUGCAGGAUGAGUGGGGUGUCUGCAUCCCCUGUCAGGUGAUCCUUGUAACGGAUGGGAGUCUGGGAAUAGGCCGAGGAUCUCUUCGCCAUUCCCUCUCUCUCCUCAGUCAGCGCUCUGAGGACAGCAAAUUCCCACUACCUUUCCCUUUUCCUUCAAAGUUGUACAUUAUGUGCAUCGCUAACUUGGAAGAGCUGCAGACCACCGAUACAUUGGAUAUUCUGGAACGUCUUAUAGAUUUAAAUAAUGGCGAGGGGCAGAUCUUCACCAUUGAUGGUCCUCUCUGCUUGAAAAAUGUGCAAUCCAUGUUUGGCAAACUGAUUGACCAGGCCUACUCUCCUUUCCAUGCUGUGCUGAAAUGUGGUCACCUGGUAUCUGACAUGCAAAUGUUUCCGAGGCCAGAACCUGUCAUCAUUGAUGAAGAACUGGAGCCUGUCCCAAAGACUAUCAACACAGAGCUGGAUAUAGUGGGAUUUAUAAAAAUCGCUGAUAUUGCCAGUCCACCCGUACUUUCUCGUCAUUUGGUUUUACCCAUAGCCCUGACUAAAGAAGGUGAUGACCUGGGGAGUGGGUUACCUGAAGAAACUGAAGAUGAAACCUCUGCUUCUCAAAUAGCUGGAAAGAUGCCAUCGUUUUGUGUUUUGCUGCAUGGCAGCCUCAAAGUCGAAGGGAUGGUGGCUAUAGUGCUGCUUGGACCAGACUGGUAUGGAAUGCUGUAUUCUCAGGCUGAUAGCAAAAAGAAGUCCAAUCUGAUGAUGUCCCUUUUUGAGCCUGGUCCAGAACCUCUUCCCUGGCUUGGAAAGAUGUCGCAGUUGGGGCCCAUUUUGGAUGCUGAGGAAAAUCCCUAUGGUGAAGAUGACAGCAAAAGCCCUUUCCCCAUACAGCCUAGGACAAAGCGCAGUUAUGCUCAGAAUGUCACUGUAUGGAUUAAGCCCAGUGGACUGCAGACUGAUGUUCAGAAGAUCUUAAGAAAUGCUCGGAAACUUCCAGAAAAAACACAAACAUUUUAUAAGGAACUAAAUCGGUUGAGAAAAGCAGCGCUCGCAUUUGGAUUUCUGGACCUACUGAAAGGUGUAGCUGAUAUGUUGGAUCGUGAAUGCACGCUCCUCCCAGACACCGCCCAUCCUGAUGCUGCAUUUCAACUCUCCCAUGCCGCUCAGCAGCUAAAGUUGGCCAGCAGUGGGAACUCAGAGUAUGCAGCGUAUGAACACAACAUUGCCCCUCUGCAGACAGACUUUUCCAGUAGCAGUGCUGAUAGAAUAUGAUUAGAAUAGAAACUGUAUUUGGUUCGCUUUUGAGGACCUUACUUUUUAAAAGCAGUAAUUUGCUGGAAGUGCUGUGCACAAAGAUACAGCAAGGGCCAUGUGGCUGUUUCAAAAGAAAAAAAUGCUACAAAAUCUACCUGGGAUCAUAUAGUGCCAAAAGAAAAUCUUUUUUACAAAAUCUAUUUUUAAUAAGCUGACUUUUUGGGUUAUUGUUAAAGUAGAAGAAAAUCUCAAUCGUUUCUUUUCACCACACAACCUAGGUAAAAAGAUUUGUGGUACUCUACAAUUUGUGUACUUUCCUCAACAAAUUCUUCUAAAUUUUCAGUAUAGACCAACCAGAAUGAAACAAUCUCAGACACAAGACAAGUGAUUUGUAUGUUUAGCACAUUGGUUAUUUGGUACAACAACUCUUGGCUUAGAAUAGAGUUGAGAGUCACAAACGAGCUAUGCCUCAAAUCUGAAUGAUUCAUUAAUCAUCUGAUUUUUGUACUGCCUCAUUUGUGACAGCUGUGUCACAAUUUAAUUCAACUAUUUUCAGUGAUGUAAGGGGCUGGUAUGCUUUCAAAAUGUGUUUCUGAAUGAAAAGAGAGCCUCAUAUUGUCUUAGUAUGUACAAUAAUGCAUCCCUGAUUAAUCAUACUUAAAAUUCUGAAAUUGAGUUAGUUCGGUGAACAUUUCUGUGGAAGAGACUACAGUAGUCCCCCCCCCAUACCCACAGUGAAUAUGUUCCAAGUCCCACUGCAGAAGCCCGGAUCCACGGAUAGGUGCUAACCUAUUCAUUUAAAUGGGAAACUGACCUCCCUGGCUCUGUAAGGUUCCCUGUAAUAUGUUUGGAAUGCAGUAUAUCGAAACAGAGGCAAACCAUUCCAUGGAUAUGGGGAUUACCCUGUAUGUGAUGCAAAUCUGUGGAAUCCUUUAAUAGUUCUGCUGUCUUUAAUGUAGGCAGCAUGUCCUUAGCUACAAAGAUAAAUGUUAAUUAGGAGCACACAGUUAGGUGCAGGUUUGAAGUCCAGCCCAUUGGUAUUGCAGAGAUUUUUUUUUGUGCUACUGUAACUGAAAUUAUUUUAAAUGAACUACUGUUGGACAGCUUGA